CGGCGCUGGGCGGGCUCAAGCCCUUCCGCGCUGACCCACGGCGCUCCCACCCACGUCCGCAUUUAUAUUCGCCGUCGCCGGGUUCCGGGGCGGACGCAGGGUUUUAGUCGCUAGGCGUUCUGUGUUGGUUCAGUGCGGUGAGGCGUGUCGUCGGGCGCCUGCUGGCCGGUUGAGCGCCUGCCCUCCGGGCCGCCCGCGCGGGUAUUCGGGCAUCAGCCCAGCUCCUGCUCGAGUUCCCCGUCCGGUCCGGGGUUUCCGGGCACCGCUUCGACGGCGGCUUCGCCGGACCUGCAGACCGGGUCGCAGCCCGAGCCCCAAGCGGACGGAGUCAUGAGGCACCUGCCGUAUUUCUGCCGCGGCCAGGUGGUGCGGGGCUUCGGCCGCGGCUCCAAGCAGCUGGGCAUCCCCACAGCUAACUUUCCGGAACAAGUAGUUGAUAAUCUUCCAGCCGAUGUAUCCACUGGCAUUUAUUAUGGCUGGGCCAGUGUUGGAAGUGGAGACGUUCAUAAGAUGGUGGUGAGCAUAGGAUGGAACCCAUACUACAAGAAUACAAAAAAGUCUAUGGAAACUCAUAUCAUGCAUACCUUCAAAGAGGACUUUUAUGGGGAGAUCCUCAAUGUGGCCAUUGUUGGCUACCUAAGACCGGAAAAGAACUUUGAUUCUUUAGAGUCCCUUAUUUCAGCAAUUCAAGCUGAUAUUGAGGAAGCUAAGAAACGACUAGAUUUACCAGAACAUUUAAAAUUCAAAGAAGACAAUUUCUUCCAGGUUCCUAAAGGCAAAAUAAUGAAUGGCCACUGAUAAAAAAAAAAAAUCACCUUAUUCUUAUUUAUUCAUUUACUGUUUUCUAAUAUUUUACUGCUCACAACUUCUCUGUCAUUAUAUUUUGAAAAUCAGACAUUUUCUUACAGCUGUGAAUUAGUUUAAACAGUACAGUGUCUUUACCACGUUAUGUUUCAACCAUUCAAAUCAAACCCAUCAUGCUAUAGUACUAAAGUGAUUCAUUUUAAAGAUCAGGAUUCUUUUUGAUGUAAUAUGUUGAUUAAAAUGUACCACUAGAAAGGUCUUAAGUGUCUUAAAAUGGAAAUGAAAAUGUAUAUAAGUAUGGGUAAAAAGGCAAGUCAUGAGAUUUGAGAACUAGUAAUUCUCAUGGUGCCCACUAGUACAUAUAUACUUGUGUAGUGUGUACUGCUCAGUAGGGCAGGCUUAGCAAAGUAAAUGUAUUCAACAGAGGUGUGAGAGUUGAUUAUAAACCGAAGGGGAAAAAUCCAGACUUUAUAUUUUUGAUAUUUUGUGCAUUAAUAUAUUGUUGCAAACAUGUAGACAUGUGAAUUUU